AGUUGCAGUAGCCUCAAACGGUUCUAGGGAGGAAGCCAAAAUAGGAAGACCCAUGAAUAGUCCUUCAGCAAAUACCUUUAUGCUCAUGAUUGAACACAAUAUUGCAUUUACCCAGACACCGAUGGCACCAAACUGCAUUCUUCUCCUUUAUUACUGAAAAAGCCUAAGCAUCUCCCGUUGGAUGAAAACAUUGUGUACGGAAUUACUGCUGCUGAGCAGGCCAUAUCGCCAUUGCUUUCAAAGGCUGCUGACUAGCUUCUAUCUACAAUCAGCAAAACUGUUUGUAGCUCUUAGGUGUCCAGGAUGAGGAAGAAGGCUCGUCACCACAGAGUCCCCGUACCUCAGCGGCCACCCUCCCCAAUCCGUCCGUCUCCAAACAAACCAACUCUGACCUACGCCCAAGCCCAGCGCAUGGUGGACAUGGAGAUUGACGGCCGCGUGCACCGCAUCAGCAUCUACGACAAGCUGGAUGUGAUCUCAGACGACGACCCCAUAGCCCAGGAGAUUAUGGAGUGCAACAGCAACAAGGAGAACACCGAGAAGCCCCAGCAGACGCUGCUUCGCUCUGUCCGGUUGAAAAACAGCCAGCAGAAGAGGAACGCGGCAGUGGCAGCGAAUAAGCACUCAGCGCACGGAGCUACAGCGGCACAGGUGGCACCGGCAAAGGCCCUUCCAGAGGCCAAAAUCCGGACGGUGGAGUAUAAUCUUCCAGCCGUCCCCAGGAGGCCCCCGGCAUAUUACACGUAUGUGGAAAAGACAUCUGAGGAGCUGGAUGAGGAGGUAGAGUAUGAUAUGGAUGAAGAGGACUACGUCUGGCUGGACCUGGUCAACGACAAGAGAAGGAGUGAGGGUGUCAGCCAGGUGUCCCACAACGUGUUUGAGUUCCUGGUGGACCGCUUUGAGAAGGAGUCCCGAAUGGAGAAAGAGAGCCAGGGCCAGGACAAGCUGACCGUAGACGAGGACGCCGUCUGCUGCAUCUGCAUGGACGGUGACGGCCAGGACAGCAACGUCAUCCUCUUCUGUGACAUGUGCAACCUGGCCGUGCACCAAGAGUGUUACGGUGUCCCCUACAUUCCAGAGGGCCAGUGGCUGUGCCGGCACUGCCUCCAGUCGCCCACCCAACCGGCGCACUGCGUGCUCUGUCCCAACAAAGGCGGCGCGGUGAAGAAGACCGACGACGACCGCUGGGGCCACGUGGUGUGCGCGCUGUGGGUGCCAGAGGUGGGGUUCUCCAACGCCGUCUUCGUCGAGCCCAUUGACGGAGUGCGUAAUAUCCCGCCCGCUCGCUGGAAGCUCACCUGCUACCUCUGUAAGGAGAAGGGUGUCGGGGCCUGCAUCCAGUGUCACAAGGCUAACUGCUACGUCGCCUUCCACGUCAGCUGCGCCCAGAAAGCCGGACUGUUCAUGAAGAUGGAGCCCGUCAAGGAGGUCACGGAGACCGGCGAGCCGACCUUCUCGGUGAAGAAGACCGCCUUCUGCGGGGCCCACACACCCAGCGGCUCCGUAAAGAGGCCCCUCAGCGUCUACGAGGAUGCAACGCCUAAAAAUGGAUUGUGUUCUCGGAAUGGAGAGAAGAAGCGCGGCACCAGGGCGAGGAGGAAAGGCAGGCAGAAGAGGAAGAGGAGGGUGGAACCACAGCUGGAGGAAGAAGUCCUACCUGUGGUUUUGCCUAGUUUUCCCCAGCAAAGGUUAAACACCAUCCUCAACCAGGUAUCUAUGCAGAAGAAGAAAGCGUUUGUGGAGCUGGCUCUGAACUACUGGACUCUAAAGAGACAGGCGAGGAAUGGAGUACCACUCAUCAGACGACUACAGACCAGUCAACAGUGCCACCAGAAAACCCACAUGGCACAGCCGAAGGAGAGUGAAGAGGAGAGCAGGGCUCUCAAAGAGCAGCUCAAGGAAUGGCAUCGUCUCAGACACGACCUGGAGAGAGCCAGGCUCCUCCUGGAGCUCAUACGAAAGAGGGAGAAACUGAAGAGAGAGGAGAUGAAGCUACAGCAGAGUUUGCUGGAGGUCCAGUUGACUCCAUUCAGUAUCCUGCUCAGGGCUGUGCUGGAACAGCUUCAGGAGAAGGACCAGGCCAAGAUCUUUGCCCAGCCAGUCAACGUCAAAGAGGUUCCUGAUUACUUGGACCACAUCAAGAACCCCAUGGACUUCUCCACCAUGAGGAAACGCAUCAACGACCAAGUGUACACCAACAUGGAUGACUUUGAGUCAGACUUCAACCUAAUAGUCUUUAACUGCAUGAAGUACAACAGUAAAGACACCUUCUUCCAUCGGGCAGCUGUGCGUCUUCGAGACCAGGGCGGCGCCUUGAUCCGCAAGACGCGGAGGGACGUGUUGCGGAUCGGUUUCGAGAAGGACACUGGGAUGCACUUGCCCGAGCCGCCCAAGAUUGAAGCACCACUGCCGUUUACCUGGGAGGACGUGGACCGGUUAUUGGUCCCCGCCAACCGGCAGCACAUGCCUCUGGAUGAGCAGCUGAAAGAGCUGUUGGAGAAACUGGACCUGACGUCCUCCAUGAAGUCCAGCCCCUCGCGCUCCAAACGCCUGAAACUGCUUAAAAAGACCAUCAAUGACGUGCGCAGCGAGAUGAGCCUGAACCUGAGGAGGGUCUCCCAUCCAAGCCACUCCCACUUUUCCUCCAACCCGUCCUCCCAUCCAGAGAGGAGUAAAGCGGUGGAGGGGGAGGGGCUUAAGAUCAAUGAACCAAGAUCCAACGAUGAGGGUGACAAAUCAUUACCUCCUAAAUUAGAACCCUCCGACUCCCUACCUCCCCUUCUGAACUCUGAGGACGACUCGGAACCACCUACGCUCAAACCGAUGCACCCCACGCCCACCCCUAGCCCGACGCCUGACAGCAAGACCCACCAAGAGCUCCAAUUAGAGCAAGAGAAACCAAACAGCACUUCCUCCACCAGCCCCAAUCUCCCUCUCAACGGCCUCACCGACUCCCAGGAUCCCCCGCUUCCCUCGGAGGGGGACAUAGGUGUUGUGGCCCCCUCCGCCCUGGCCCAACCACCGGGGGCAGUGAACCGCCGCACUGCUGUGCUCUUCAGGAAGUCAAAGAACUCCAGCCCUGUGAAGAAGCAGGUGGCGACAGGAGGAGGCGAGGCCCAGACAGGGUGCCCUCAGCUGGGCACUAAGACCUUCCUGUCAGUGGUGAUUCCCAGGCUGGAGACACUUCUCCAUCCCAGGACCAGGAAGAGGAGUCGCAGCGCGAGCGGGGGGGACAGCGAGGGGGACAGAGACAGGGAGGACGAGUCCCCCGUUAAACGCCUUGACACCGGCUUGUCUAAUGGUUUUGUGAUGGAGGAGACUGAGAAGGAGCUGGGCGCCAGCAGGCCUCUAGAACCCAGGAGACGCUGCGCCUCGGAGUCCAGCCUCUCAUCUAGUGGCAGUCUGCUGGGCAGCACCAGCAGCACUCUCAGUCUUCCAACAUGUGGUAAGGGCAAACCGGCCCUGGUCCGGAGAAACACUGUGGAUGAUAAGAACGAGCUCAUCGCCUGCAUUGAAAACGGGAACUUUGCCAGGGCUGCCAGGAUUGCUGCUGAAGUUGGCAACAGCAAUAUUUGGAUGCCUGCUAGUGCUGCAACGGUUGUUCUGGAACCUCUAAAGCUAGUUUGGGCAAAAUGUAGCGGAUACCCCUCCUAUCCUGCCCUGAUUGUCGAUCCCAACAUGCCCAGGGUGGGGUGCCAGCACAACGGGGUCUCCAUCCCGAUGCCCCCCCUCGAUGUUCUCCGGGUGGGAGAACAGAUGCAGUACAAGAACGAAGAAAAACUCUUCCUUGUCCUCUUCUUCGACAACAAACGCAGCUGGCAAUGGCUUCCUAAGUCUAAGAUGGUCCCUUUGGGGAUGGACAAGACCAUAGACAAGAUCAAGAUGAUGGAAGGCAGAACAUCUAGCAUCCGCAAAGCUGUCAAGACCGCUUUCAACCGUGCUAUGAACCACCUCAGCAUCGUCCAGGACCAACCUGUCAGCGACAUGAGUGACGUGGACUGACGCGCACACAAACGCACAUAAAGUCGGAAGUUCGGGUUUGGUAGACGUGGACAGAACUUAAGCAUACACUUGCAUGCAUGCAGACAUAUAUAUACUCGUCCCAACCGAAGACUUGCCUACUUUCUUUUCCCCUCCUCUCCAUCGGUCUUUCCAGAGGUCUGUCCUGGCUGACUGUGUUUACCGGGUUGCUUGUCAACCACUCUUCCUCCUCAGCCCCGCCUGCUGGUCUGACAACUGCUGCUUUCAUGAAUGUGCCCAACCCUUCCCCCCUGCCCCCCCCCCCCCCAAUCUACCUUUCUCCACGCUCAUGUUCAUGAAGCACCAAACUUAAAAAGAAGGAAAGACAUUGAUACAGGGAGGGUUAUAUAGACUUGCCCAAAAAAUAUCAGAUGCUAAUUAGAGUUUUUCUGUUUUUAAAAAGUUUUUAUAUGUUUCCCGUUGACCCUAUGACUGUGCAGGAAGACUGCUGCCAUGAUCCUCCUCCAUGCCUGUAUGACCAUGCCUCUGCCCAGAUCGCUGCUUCUUUCUCACCUCACUCAUCUUACGCCAUUUAUUUCCACUCAACAGUAACUACUAUGUAUUUAAAUGAACUUUGUAAAUAACUGUAAUAUUUGCCUUACUAACUUAUUUUGUAGAUUGAAAGAAAUUGGUACUGUACAGUGGAUUUUCUUAACUGUAGCAAAAGUAUUUAUACUUUUGGUGACUUAUGUGAGCACUGCAGUGUGGUUUUUACGAGUGUUGUGAAAAAAACGGUGUAAAAAGCCAUAGCAGUGUAAAAUAACGGGGCUAAAAUGUUUUCUUUUCUUUAAGUAUUUACCGUGACAUUUUUGGUAUAAUUUUCUUAAGUUAUUGAAGUUGAUCAAAAAGAAGCUUCCCUUUGGCAUUAAUCCUUUUGUAAUCAGAAGAUGUUUUUACAAUGGUUUUAGUAUAUUUUUGUUCGUACAUAUUUAUAUGAUUGAACAUAUAUCUGUAUAAUUCAGAUGCUCACCUGAUGGGAAGUGUUUUGUUGUUAUGGAAACCGAAAGUGCGUUGUUCUCAAAAAACCAAAAAAAUGUGCUGCCCAGAGUUUUUUAAUACUUCAUUUGUUUGUGCGUGUGAUGUAUAGGUUUAUUGCAAAAAAAGUUAAAUGUAUUUUAUACAUUA